GUCGCUGAGGGGAAGGAAAGUAAGAGAAUAGCAGUCUCGCUCGCUCUCGGGCAGUCACUUCCAGCUCAGGGGAAGCUCAGGCUGCGGCUCCGUCGCUCUCGCACAGGAUUAACGCUCUCGCCGCCGCGUGGAUGAGCCAAGUAGCCAAGUUGCCAGUUGCUGAGUCUCCCCUGGGCACAUGGGCUGGCCAGUAGCCCGCUGAGCGAGGGUGCCAUGCCGGGAGCGGGGGUCCUGCUCCUAUUGGCCGGGUGCUGGGCUUGCCAGGGAGUGGCCGAGGGGCUCAGUAACCUGACCAUGGCCAUACUGCUCCCCAGAACCAACCGGGGGUACCCCUGGGCUUGGCCGCGCGUGGGGCCGGCUAUUCACAUGGCCAUAGAGCGGAUCAAUAGGGACCCGGCGCUGCUCCCCGACCUCCGCGUUCAGACCUUCUUCGGGGACAGCGAGGACAAGGACGGUAACUGCUCGGACUCGACGGCGCCGGUGGUGGCGGUGGAUCUCCAGUUCACCCAUCACCCCGAAGUCUUCCUGGGACCCGGGUGCAUUUACACGGCGGCGCCGGUGGCCCGAUUCACGGCGCACUGGAAGGUCCCACUUAUCACCGUAGGGGCCGCCGCCUUCGGCUUCAACGACAAGAGCGACGUGUACCAGUACACCACCCGCACGGGGCUCAUCCCCACCAAGCUGGGGCAGUUUGUGGGGCACAUUCACCAGCGCUACAACUGGAGCAGCCGCGCCAUGAUCGUCUAUAGGGACAGCAGCCUCGACGACCGGCCCUGUUUCUUCACCAUGGAGGGGCUUUACAUGGAGCUGCUCAAGUUCAACCUCACCGUCCUCGACCUGCAGUUCAAAGACAAGGAGCUCACGAACUACACCUCCCUCAUCCACGACAUCAAGCAGAAGGGGCGCAUUAUCUACAUGUGCUGUUACCCCGACAUGUUCCGCCAGCUGAUGAUCCAGGCCUGGCGCGAGGGGCUUUGCUCUGGGGACUACGCCUUCUUCUACGUGGAUAUUUGGGGUGCCAGCCUGCAGGGUGCCAUCUUCCCCGACCCCCAACGCCCCUGGUACAGAGGGGACCCCGACGAUGCCAAAGCCAGGGAAGCCUUCAAGGCGGUGAUGAUCAUUACAUACAAAGAGCCGGACAACCCCGAGUACAGGGAGUUCCUGGCCAACCUGAGCCGUUACAGCGAGGCCCCCUUCUACUACAGGCAGGAGAGCACCCUGAUGAAUGCCCUGUCAGCGUCGUUCCACGACUCGGUGCUGCUGUAUGCCCACGCUGUCAAUGAGACCCGCGCCAACGGCUACAGCAUGAAGAAUGCCUCGGCCGUCACCAGUUACAUGAGAAAUAAAUCCUUCUACGGGGCUUCUGGGUUUGUGAAGAUCGAUGACAAUGGCGACCGGGAGAACGACUUUUCCCUGUGGGACAUGUAUGAACCCCACGGAACCUUCCAGAUUGUGUAUAAUUACAAUGGGACACUGAGGAAGAUUGUUCCGCUGCCGGGACGGGAGAUCGAGUGGCCGGGAAACCGGAUCCCGAGGGAUGUCCCUCCCUGUGGGUUUGAUCACAGUGACCCCAAGUGCAAGAAAUCCAGUUUUACCAUCCUGGAGAUCCUGUCUAUAGUGAUCUGCUUUAUCCUCCUGAUCAUCACCGUAUCCUCCAUCUUUAUAUACAGGAAGCUGCGGCUGGAGAAGGAACUGGCGGCAGAGCUGUGGCGAAUCCGCUGGGAGGACAUCCAUACCAGCAACUUGGAGAAGAACUUGCGCAGGGCAGGCAGCAAACUUACAUUAUCACUGAGAGGCUCCAACUAUGGGUCCCUGCUCACCACAGAAGGUCAGUUCCAAAUCUACGCCAAGACUGCCUACUACAAGGGCAACAUCAUUGCCGUCAAGCACAUAAACCGCAAGCGGAUCGAGCUGACUCGCAAGGUCCUGUUCGAGCUGAAACACAUGAGAGAUGUGCAGAAUGAACACCUCACGCGAUUUGUCGGUUCCUGCAUCGACCCCCCAAACAUCUGCAUCCUGACAGAGUAUUGCCCCCGGGGCAGUUUGCAGGACAUUCUGGAGAACGAGAGCAUCACGCUGGACUGGAUGUUCAGAUAUUCGCUAAUUAACGACAUUGUGAAGGGGAUGCUCUUUCUGCACAACAGCGUCAUUGUGACCCACGGGAACCUCAAGUCGUCCAACUGCGUCGUCGACAGUCGCUUCGUGCUGAAGAUCACGGAUUACGGCCUGGCGAGUUUCCGCUGCUCGCCCGAUUCUGAGGACAUCCAUGCCUAUUUUGCUAAGAAGCUGUGGACGUCCCCCGAGCUGCUGAGAAUGGAAACUCCGCCCCCGCAGGGCACCCAGAAGGGAGACGUGUACAGCUUUGGGAUCAUCCUACAGGAGGUUGCCCUGCGCAACGGGGUGUUCUAUGUGGACAAUGCCGACUACAGCCCGAAAGAGAUCAUAGAGCGGGUGAGGAGUAGAGAGAAGCCCAUAUUCCGCCCCUGCACCAACCUGUACUGCCAUAUCCAGGAGCUGGGGCAGUUGAUGCAGCGCUGCUGGGCGGAGGACCCCUUUGAGAGGCCCGAGUUUAACCAGAUCAAGGUGCAACUGCGCAAGUUCAACAGAGAGAGCAGCACCAACAUCCUGGAUAACCUGCUGUCCCGCAUGGAGCAAUACGCCAACAACCUGGAGGAGCUGGUGGAGGACCGCACUCAGGCCUACCUGGAGGAGAAGCGCAAGGCCGAGGCACUGCUCUACCAGAUCCUGCCCCAUUCAGUGGCCGAGCAGCUGAAGAGAGGGGAGACCGUACAGGCCGAAGCCUUUGACAGCGUCACUAUUUACUUCAGUGACAUUGUGGGGUUCACAGCGCUGUCGGCAGAGAGCACCCCAAUGCAGGUGGUGACGCUGCUGAAUGACCUGUACACCUGCUUCGAUGCCAUUAUAGACAACUUCGAUGUGUACAAGGUGGAGACCAUUGGCGACGCUUACAUGGUGGUGUCGGGGCUGCCAGUGCGGAACGGGAAACUCCACGCCCGGGAAGUCGCCCGUAUGUCCCUCGCCCUUCUGGACGCCGUGAAAAGUUUCAAAAUCCGCCACCGGCCCAAUCAGCAGCUGCGACUUCGGAUCGGGAUCCACACAGGUCCUGUCUGCGCCGGUGUCGUUGGCCUGAAAAUGCCGCGCUACUGCCUGUUUGGCGACACCGUCAACACCGCGUCACGGAUGGAAUCCAAUGGGGAAGCCUUGAAGAUCCACGUCUCUACGGCCACGCACUGCGUCCUGGAGGAGUUCAACUGCUUCGUCCUGGAGCUGAGGGGCGACGUGGAGAUGAAGGGCAAGGGCAAGGUGAGGACCUAUUGGCUCCAAGGGGAGUGCGCCAGUAUCACACACGGGUGACAAGGACUGGCUCUUCCAACUGUGACAACGGGGGACCCCGAUCCCCCCAACUUUUAUCUGUGGGUUGUGGCCACUAAAUUCCUCCUCAUCCCCAACAGAGAACAUUAUUGGGGUGCUGUGGGGGGGGGACGUCUCCGGACCCAGUGGCUCGUGCCCCAACCUGAUGCCAAAUGGACCCAGGACACGUAGCCAACGCCAAGAGAGGACCAACUGGGGGGCCAUUUCUAUGAGACUGGGGGUCGUUGCUAUGAGAAGCGACUGGGGGGGGGUCGUUGCUAUGAUGUUUUCCGCCGCAGCCCUGGAGGCUCCCACAAUCCUACUGAGCUCUUGGAGACUGAUUGGGAGACCCAUUGGCCCCAGGCAAGAGAAGAGGGCGCAGACCCCCCCAUAAUCCUGGGGGGGGGGUAUCCCUGUGCCCAGAAAUGUGAAACACCCUCGUUUUACUGCCAUAAAGAUUAAUUAACUGGG